AUGAAAAGCGUUGCAUUCCUUGCAUGUCUCCUGACAGUCUCCGCAUACUCUGUGGGAAUAGACUUGUCCAUGUGCUCACCCGAUAGAAUGUACUGCUUCGAUGACAUUACACAGUCUAUAGUAAAAGUAGGCGCGCACUCCCUCACCGCCCCCUUUGGCGUCUCCUACGAAGAGCCCGGCUCUCUGCCAUUCAACAUGCACUACCACUCGAAUCCAGCCAACUUCUCGCAGCCCGACACCUCAGAUAGGGAGGUGUGGCAGGAGCUCAGAGCCCUCCAGAAAAACUACAAAAGAAACCUCAAAGCAGCAGCUAGAUGCGAUGUGGGAUACAACAUGAACAAGGCAGUGCACAGGCAAAUGUCUAUAGAUAAUAUGUACAAGAGAAGGGCACGGCUGGCACCCGAAUGCGGUGUAGAUCACAUGGCAGUCAGAUGCAAAGUAAUACCAGCCAUCCACGCAAUGCACAGUGGAAUGAUGCAGAACAGAGUAAUUCAUGCACAUGCUCCCAUGGCAUCUUCUGUGGUAUCUCCCAUGGUAGUUAGAAUUAGGGGCGGUAUGGGCCAAGGAGGAAGCAUGGGCUCUGAUGGCUAUCACGACGAGUGCGAUGAAAGACACAUUGUCACCAGAACACCGAGAGCCAUAUGCUUCACAAAGCCUAAGAAACAGUUCCUGACAGUGCAGUGCUGCAAGGUGUCAAGAAUUCCCGUCAGAGGAGGAGGAGCACGCAAGACGCCCUGUAUAUGCGCUGAUGGCUCGCCAGCUGAGCCUAUGAUGUCGUACCCUGGGGGCAUAGAUGCAGGGAUGCAGACUGACCCUGAAACAGAAGAUGCAGGCGUGCAGACAGAUCCUGAAACAGAAAAUGCAGGGGUGCAGACAGAUCCUGAAACAGAAAAUGCAGGGGUGCAGACUAACUCUACAGGAACAGGCACUGAUCCACUGACAGAAGAGAUAGCCACACAGGUGCAGAUGGCAAAUGACAAUAAUCAGGGUUUACUAAAUACUAAAAGAAGAUUUUAUGUUCCUGGCAUUUAUUCGAGUCUGGCCUCAGAAAGAGACAAGGCGUUUGAGGAAGAAGUACGCGAAGCCAACGCACUCACUGGAGGGUCAUACAGGCGCAAAUAA